AUGGCGACCGGCAGCUUCGAGGUAUCUCGGUCUCGGUCCAGGAGGUGGGACCAGGAGGUCAAGAGCAUCAGCCGGGAUGGCUCGGACUGCAUCGGCAGCUGCCAUUGGGUGUUUCGGUCGACCUCUCGGUCGAUCCCAACAGAGUUUGAGAGCCGCGUCGUGCCUUUGGAUCCUGUGGCGCUCUGGAGCAAAACCAGGAGUGUGGAUGUGGACUCCCGGCCAAGUUGGUCCAUUCCCUCGGCGCGGCCCUGCUCAAUGGAGCAGUGGAGGGCCAAAGCCCCAGCCAAGCUGGCAUCCAAGCAGCUGGUGCCUGGACCCAGCUUCUGGCACUCGCAUGGCAGCGGCAAGGGCCGAUACGGCUUCUCUGAGGGGCUGAUCGGGGCAGCCCCGAUGCGUGCGCAGACCGCUGGCCCUUCACAACCUUCAAGAUCGGUGCGUAAGGCUGAUCGACAAGAUCUCGACUCCAGCUUGAGAGCUUCGAGCUUGUUCAUCGGGACCUUGGACGAGGAGCAAAUCCGUGGGCGGCACAGUGGACCAAAGUUCAGUCCACCGGCGGCCAAGAAGUUGAGUGCCCUCACAACCGCCGUCCUGACCCCCCGCUAG